UAUGCUAAUGAUGUGUCAUCAACACAUUUGGGUGGAAGCUGCAGAUUAUGGGCCAAAUAAACUCAGUGGACAGUUAUUAAUAGUUGUCUAAAGGAUAUUACAAGUUAAAUAAGAAGCAUUGGUUGGCUAGUAGAUUGUAAUAAACUUAAACACGGAGACGGAAGUGGACACAAGCAGCGCUGGUGUCUUCUGGACAGUUAGCAAGGAAGCUAACUAACUAUUCAUCGACUCUUCCUCGGUUCCUGACAGGAGAGGAGAGGAGAGGGAUGUCCUGCAGCUUGUUUGAGUUUUGUCGGCUCCAAGAGCUCAGAACAGUCCGAGACUUCUUAUUCCAGAACCAGAGUAAAGAGUCCCUGGAGGAGAAGAAUCAAACAGAAGAGAAUGAGCUAUCCUGGGAUACCUCUGACUGGGAAUCAGGAUGGGAUAAUGGAGACAAUAAGGAGGAGGAGUCUACGUCUCUCUCAAAGGCAGUGGAGGAGCCGCCGGGGCAGAGCCAACCCUGGCUGCAGGACUGCGUCGUUUCCUUGUCGCCCUGUGCCGACCUGCUGGUUGUCGCUCGAGAACAAAAAGCGGUCUUCCUCUCAGCAAAGUGGCGGACAGAUCAAAGUGGCAGAGAGGAGAUGACCUUGGCUGUGUCCUGGAGUGGAACUCUCAGCACAGAAGAAGGAGAGAGUGUCAGCAGUGUGAUCGCUAUCCCCCUGGCCAGCCAGAAGAGGAGCUCCACCGGACGGCCUGACUGGACAUGCAUAGUUGUUGGAUUCACGUCUGGAUAUGUCCGCUUCUACACAGAGAGUGGGGUUCUGCUCCUGGCCCAGCUGCUACAUGUGGACCCUGUUCUAAGGCUCAAAUGUCGCACCUAUGAGAUCCCUCGUCAUCCUGGCGUGACUGAACAGCACGAGGAGCUCAGCAUCCUUUAUCCUGCUGCUCUGGUCACCAUCGACGGCUUCAGCCUCUUUCAGUCGCUGCGGGCCUGCAGGAACCAGGUGGCAAGAGCUGCAGCAGCCGGCAGCGAUGUGGUCCCCCCUCCUCCUCUGGCCUACAAGAAGUGGGGUCUGCAGGAGAUGGACACCAUCGUGGACCACAGCAGCGCGGGCGUAAUGACCCUUUGUGUGUUUGACCAAAUGAAGAAUGCAUCCAUCCUGGGGGGGUUUCAUGCAUCUGUCAAGGGAAGCCCCCCUGCCAUGAGCCAGUUUGUGACUGUAGGAUCGGGGCCAUACACAGGAUUUUAUUACGCAGUGGAGGGAAACUCUCAGCCUCUCCUGUCCCAUGUGGCUCUGGCUGUGGCCAGCAAACUCACCUCAGCCCUCUUCAACGCUGCCAGUGGCUGGUUGGGUUGGAACAAGAACAAGAGUGAAGAGGAAGCCGCUCAGAAACAGAAACCUAAAGUGGAGCCUGCCACCCCCUUAGGGAUCAGAUUCGGUCUGCCGGAUUCCCGCCGCCACGGCGAAUCGAUCUGUCUGUCGCCUUGCAACACGCUCGCUGGAGUCACUGAUGACUUUGGUCGAGUGGCGCUGCUGGACCUGGCAAGGGGCGUCACCAUCCGCAUGUGGAAAGGGUACAGAGACGCCCAGCUGGGCUGGCUGCAGGUUCAGGAGGAGCGUGGGGAUCGGGAGUUCUCCCCCUCCGCUUCACUCCCCAGACGUCACGCUCUGUUCCUCAUCAUCUACGCCCCCCGUAGGGGGAUCCUGGAGGUGUGGGCCAUGCAGAGGGGCCCUCGUGUCGGUGCGUUCACUGUAGGCAAAUAUUGCAGACUCCUUUAUGCGGGCUACCAUCUGAUGGGGGUGAACAGUGUGACCAGUCAGGGCUGGCAGCUGCACACGCAGCAGGUGUGUCUCCUGGAUCCCACUACAGGAGCUCUGAGGACCAUCAGCAUCCCCUUCCAUCUGGCCCUCAGUGACAAAAAGAAUGAGCGGGCUAAAGACAUGCACCUGCUAAAGAGACUGAGCGCCGUGUUGAAGAGCAGAGACGUGGAUCCUGAUGCUUUGGAGAGAGAAGCAAAAAGCGCUUUGUUAGAAAUUAAACACCCGGCUAUUAAGAAGCAGGCUUUGGAGUCUCUGCUGUCAAACAAGAAUGCUCCAGUUUCCUGUCUUACUAAUGUUACCAGUGCCUUACAUGAUGCUUUGAAACAGCAAGAUGCAGAUGAAGUGGAGACAUCGUUACUCCAGCUCUGCUCCUCUCAUUUAAAACUGCUUCAGCUUUAUACGGACAUCCAGCAGCUGCAGUCUGCAGCAAACACUGAUGCCUGCUCUCAAAAUGAUUCCCUCGAAGGCUUAGAGGAGGAGUUGUCGCGUGUUGAGCCCACCUUGCAACGCUACGCACAGCUCAGCUCCAAACCCUCGGUUUCUUUCGCGCAGGACUCUCCUGACACGCCGCUGUCCGCUCAGGCUUUCCUCACUCAGCUGGAGGUCACCGAGGAUGGACGGGUGAAGGUGAAUCGUGGGUCUGACGCGGAAUGGAACCAGUUAGGAAAUUUUCUGUUUUGGGGCUGCUUAUGUGGUAAAAGUCCCACCCAUAAAGUCUGUGACACACUACAGCUGGCCGGCUUCAGCCCACAGCAGCUACUGUCUUUGUUAAUGAGCGUAUGGCUGCAAAGGGAGAAGGAGGUGCUACAGAAGCCUGUAGAUACAGUCAAACAGCUUUACACGCUGCUCAUUGCCCUGAGCAACAUGGAAGGGGCUGUUGAGGAGUCUUGGGAUCCACAGUCUGUCUCCCCCUGGUGGCAGCAGGUUCGAUUAACAUGCAUCCAGUCUCACAAUGCUGCUGCUGCUUUACUGGCUGCCUUAGUGGCUCACUGUGCUGCCAAGGCGAGCAUCACAAGCAGGGCUGACAGCAAGCUGCAGUCAGAGUGGGAGGCGGUGUCGAUGGAGCUGGAGCAGUGGGUGGUGUGCGUCCGUCAGCUGGAGGACGUGCUGGUCCUGCAAGCUCUUCUGUUGGUGCCUUCUCCUCAAGGAACAGCAGGCGGCGCUGUAGUUCAGUGUUCAAUCAAAACACUGCUGGAGGGAGGCACAGGUGGUAUUGCAGACAGUGUUUCUAAGUGGGUGUUCAGGCAGAACAUCACGCCAGAGCGACUGAAGGAAAUUCUGCUGAGUAAAGAAACUGAAGACGAAAAGAAGCAGAAAGGGGAUGGAGGAGGAGCUGAAGAGAAGAGGAGCCAUGAGGAGGCAGACAGGACAGCAGAGCUGUUGUUGGCAGUUUGUCAAAGGUUCCCAGAUUCUUUGUCUCCAGACCUUCUCUUCGCCCACUGCAGCUGGGAGUAUGUAGUGCAGUGGAAUAAAGACCCAGAG